UAUCUGUAGUAAGAAUGCUCACUUCUCGCACUUUCAUCUCACUUGUUCUUUGGUGAAGCUAAUUUCAAAAUGGCGAUGCGUGUAUACACAUGAUAUGUUUAACAUAAUGCGGAAAACUCUGAUUUGUGUUUAUGACGGUUGACUUUUUCUUUAUAAAAAUUGUAAAAACGAACAUAAAUCUUAUCGUUUUCUUAACUUGAGGAGGAAAAAUGACAACCGACAACUGUGCAAUAAUUUUAUCCGGUCAAAGUAUAAGUACUGGUUAACUAUUUUGAAACGACGAUUGCAAUAAGUUUGCUGUUUUUCAUUUCAAGCAAAAGUUACUAAUAAAUAGAAGUUAUCUACUUGAAAAGUGUUUGAAUAAAUUAAUUGAAAUUUUCAAAAAAGAGCCCAUUAUUGUUGGCAAUAUUUUCACUGUUCAAGACAGACAACUUUUAAAGGUUUGUCAAUCAACUGCACAAUUUAAUUUUCAACUGAUCAUCGAAUAAUAAGAAAAAGUACCAAAAAAAGUAAUAAAGUACACCGUUUGAAAACGUAAAAAAUCCUAUAAAAUACAAUCAUGAGUAGUAUAGAUAAUGCAGAACUCUCCUCUGAUGAAAAUUUUGGAUCACAAUAUGCGCUUCAAGUUGCAUUUCAAACGAUGAAGGAGAGGUGUCAACAUUUGCAAAGCAGAUUAGAUGCAGUUGAAGAAGAAAAUGUGCAUUUACGUCUUGAGUGUGGAAAAGAUACUUCAGCAGCAGUAAUUCAUGCUAACGAAUCUAACGAAAAGAGUCUUGUGCAAGCUCUUCGGGACAAAAUAGAAGAUCUUACAAAACAGAAGUCACAACUCACACAUCACAUUUUCAUGGUAGCAGCAGAAAACAGGCAACUAUGGAAUCGCCUGACUCGAUUAACGAGAACAAAUAAAAAUUUAGGGAAUCAAUUAACGAAAAUCUCAGAUACGCUUAAGCAACAUACUUCUGUACAAUCAUGUGACGUCACGUCAUAUAAUGUUAAGGAUGUUACAAAUUUGGUAAAGAAUGAACAGGGUGAUAAAUCCUCUCAAGUUGUUAAUCAUGGUAAUCAAGAACAAAGUUUAGAGGAAAUUUCACUUAAACUUAUAAACAGCAUAAUGUUGGAAAAAUCUGAACUAGAACAACAAUAUGCACAGAUGGUGGAAAUGCAAAAUUCUGAGGAAGUUAAUCUACAGUACAUUGGUUUUACUUAUCCAGAAGAUUCUGACACAGAUUCACUGGAACAAUUAAAACAACAUGAUGUUCAGUUAUCUCAGACUAAAGAAACUUUAUUAGCACAACAAGUGCGAUUGAAAAAGGCAAUACAGAACCUCAGGAAAUUUAAAAAAGGAGUAUUUUGCAGAAGUUGUCGUCAAAAUGCAAAUAAAAAAGUGUGCCAAAUUGGUACUCAAUUUGAUUCCGAUGAUAGUCUUAAGGAACAUGGUGCUACCCAAACUAGUCUUCUGCCACUGUCUAAUUUAGUUACAGAACAUUCUCAAUCUGUGGAAAAUAGAGAUAUAAGUGAUCAUAUCUGUCCACUGUGUGGCGCAUGUUUCAGAAAUGCCCCAUUUACCUCGUUACAUGAACAUGUUUUACAUCAUUUUACAGGCGAAGAAUCAGUAAAUGGAUCCAAGAUGGUUCAAUGAAAAGAAUAAACUUAUGCUCUCUGUAUAAA